AUGGCCACAGGAGCAGUCCAGUUUCCCCCAUCCAACAUCGUCUUACCGGGCUCACGACUCCUUCCCACCGCACCCUUUCCUGACCCCCACAGCACUCCAUCCUCGUUUCCCCCACCCAGCACUUCUCCAAGAUCAAUCGUAGAUGAUUGGGUUUUUCUCUUCAACAAUCUCCUCAGUGGAGAGCACGCUUCCAUAACAAAGCUUUUCUUCAAGGAAUCUUGCUGGCGAGAUUUGCUCUGUAUGACUUGGGACUUUCACACACUUCAAGGACCCGAGCAGAUCCUUAGAUUUAUUCAAAGCUCUCCCCAAGGUGGCCAAUUGACCAGCGUCAGCUUGGACGAUUCUUCAGCACAUAAAUUCCCACAAGCCUCAGGUUUUGGGAGCUUGAAGGCAGUCCAGACUUUUCUCAAGAUUGAGACUAGCACUGGAAGGGGAGAAGGUCUGGUCAGACUAGUAUCGGACACCAAUGAUGGUGGCAGAUGGAAAGCUUUGACUCUAUUUACCACCCUGAAAGAACUUAAAGGAUACGAGGAAAAUAUUCGCAGUCGAAGACCACGAGGAACAGAAAGCAGCCUUGAGGAUAGAGGUCGAAAUUGGAAAGAUCGGCUUGUUGCUCAACAAAACUUCGAGGGUGGCCGCCAGCCUAUCGUGUUGAUUCUGGGUGCUGGCCAAGGUGGACUCACUGUGGCUGCUAGGCUCAAGCAACUUGGCCUAGAGACCUUGAUAAUCGACCGGAACCCUCGCGUAGGAGACAAUUGGCGAAACAGAUACCAUCAAUUGGUCUUGCAUGACUCGGUCUGGUACGAUCACAUGCCUUACUUGAACUUCCCACCGAAUUGGCCUGUCUUUACCCCAAAGGACAAACUCGCAGAUUGGUUCGAAUACUAUGCAGGUGUCUUGGAACUUAAUGUGUGGACUAAUACUACCUUGGAAACGUCAGAAUGGUCUGAAAGUACGCGGCAGUGGACGGUGACCCUCGCGCGCGAAAAGGAUGGCAAGAAAGAGAAUCGGACUUUACAUCCUCGGCAUGUCAUCCUGGCGACGGGUCACUCAGGGGAGCCUUACUUCCCCUCUCGCAUCGCUGGAAUUGACGAUUUCAGAGGGGACCUUCUCAUCCACUCAUCGCAGUUCACCACGCCUAGAGGGAAAAGCAAGGGAAAGAAGGCAGUGGUAGUUGGCUGUUGUAACUCCGGCCACGACAUCGCUAGAGAUUAUUAUGAUCACGGCUACGAUGUCACAAUGGUGCAACGCAGUAGUACCCUCGUUCUCACAAGCGAUACUCUGAGUGAAGUGACCAUGAAAGGCCUUUACGCCGAAGAUGGGCCCCCUGUUGAAGACGCGGACAUAGUCAACAUGUCUAUUCCCAACCCCAUUGCUAAACGCCUUCAUAUACAAGCCACCAGUGAAAUGAUGCGGCGUGACAGCACUCUUCUCCACGGGCUCACCGCUGCCGGAUUUGCCGUCGACAGUGGUCCUGACGGCGCCGGCCUUUACAUGAAAUACCUCAGCCGAGGCGGCGGUUACUACAUUGAUGUAGGCGCCUCGCAACUCAUCGUAGAUAAAAAGAUCAAGAUCAAGCAAGGGCACGACGUCAAAUCUAUAAAAGCCCGUAGUCUUGUUCUGGCAGAUGGUUCGGAGCUGGAAGCAGAUGAGAUCGUUUUUGCGACAGGGUAUCAAAAUAUGAGAGAGACGGCGAGGAAGGUCUUUGGGGACGAGUUGGCGGAAAGUGUCCACGAUGUUUGGGGGUUCGAUGACGAAGGAGAGACAAGGGGCAUGUGGCGACGAAGUGGACAUCCAGGGUUUUGGUUCUUCGGAGGAAAUCUUGCCCUUUGUCGCUUUUACUCGAGAUUAUUGGCCUUACAGAUCAAGGCUAUCGAGGUUGGACUUACGAGAGGCUGA